AUGCCAAGGACGCCCUGGACGGUGUCAGAAGAUCGGUUGUUGAGGCGGACUUUGCCUCCCUGGGGCCGUAUGACGCAGGCCGCUGGACGGACGUUUCUUCAUCUCUCGCUGAGCUCGCAUCUGGAUCCGCUGCACUAUUGUACGGCUCCACCACGACAACCGAUCUCCCUGUGGAGGUCCAUCGUGCAGCAGCUGGCAGGCUCGCAUGCUCAUAGAGGGCACAGUGCCUUGCCACUGAAAAUGUUUUUAGACAUCUCAUACCUUUUUGUCUGGAAACAUCCCAAUCGCCCACACGAAUCCUGGUGGCAACGGACUCCCUGUCGAGAACUGAGGCACUCCGCGUCGUUCCACUGGCCAUGCGAGGCUACGUUACUGAAGAGAGUUGGAUUAUGCUGCUUUCCUUGGUGA